UAAAGCAAAAAAAAAGCAAAAAAAAAAGAUUAGCUGGAGUUUAUACUGGAUCUAAACAAAGUGAAUAUUCUUAUAAAUAAAGUACGAGAGUGGAGCUGCGCGUGACGUGAAGGACAGGCGUAAACACGCGUGACGACACACGGAGCGAAUAUGAUCCUCGUGGGCGGGAGCAAAUAGCUUUGAUCCAAUCGCUGACGAGGCUGGAGGUUUCUGAGAAUGUUGCUGCCUCUGGAGUUUUUGCUUGCAAGAGCGUUGGGCAUUCUCUCGUUCUUCUGCGGUGGUUUAGUUUUGUUGGUUGUAGGUGUUUCAGAAUAUUACCGAGUUCAUACUUUGCACGCGCAAGACCACGCGACGGAUUGCUGCGGAAUGCUGGGCGGUGGACACAGAAAAUGACCUCCAGUGAUAACGUCGAGAGUUUGGGAAAUUUCGUGCCAACACUUUUUCUGCUUGUUUGUGUGAUUCAUUAAUUUGUACAAAGUAUCGAGACUUCCCACUGGUCGGACAAAUUUGUUUCUAAAUGGAUCGAAUGAAGAGUUCUAUUCAGCAAGUCCCAAACCCAAUUCCAAAAGUUCUGAGUCGCCGCGCUGGUGGUGCCAACAGUUUGGAAGUUGAGAAGGAAAACUUCGAGCGUAACCAGGCUGUGAGCAUCAACAAGGCGAUCAACACGCAGGAAGUCGCCGUCAAAGAGAAGCACGCCAGGACAUGCAUUCUGGGCACGCACCAUGAGAAGGGGGCCCACACGUUCUGGGCGGCGGUCAGCCGUCUGCCCCUGUCCAGCAACGCCGUCAUCUGCUGGAAAUUCUGCCACGUCUUCCAUAAGCUGCUGAGAGACGGACACCCCAAUGUUAUUAAAGACUCUGUGCGGAACAAGGCUGACCUGAAUGAUAUGAGCAGGAUGUGGGGUCAUCUGAGUGAGGGUUAUGGGAAACUGUGUAGCAUCUACCUCAGACUGCUCAUCACCAAAAUGGAGUUCCACAUUAAAAAUCCUCGUUUCCCUGGCAACCUUCAGAUGUCAAACCGACAGCUGGAAGAGGCGGGAGAAAACGAUGUCAAUAACUUCUUCCAGCUGACUGUGGAGAUGUUCGACUACCUGGAGUGUGAGCUCAGUCUCUUCCUCGGUGUGUUCAGCUCUCUGGACAUGUCCCGCUCCGUGUCUGUGACAGCGGCUGGUCAGUGUCGUUUAGCUCCUCUGAUACAAGUGAUCCUGGACUGCAGUCAUUUAUAUGACUACACCGUCAAGCUGCUCUUCAAACUACACUCCUGUCUUCCAGCAGACACCCUUCAGGGUCAUAGGGAUCGCUUCCAGGAGCAGUUCAAAAAGCUGAAGAGCCUGUUCUAUCGUUCCAGUAACCUGCAGUAUUUCAAAAGGCUGAUUCAGAUCCCUCAGCUUCCUGAGAACCCGCCCAACUUCCUGCGUGCGUCCGCCCUGUCUGAGCACAUCAGCCCCGUGGUGGUGAUCCCAGCUGAGGCGUCUUCCCCCGAGACCGAGCAUGUGGUGGAGACAGAGGACCUCGUGGACAUGGACGUCCCCGUGCUGCAGGCCACGGGGGAGAGCAGGUUCGACGACCUCUUUGGCAUGUCCGCCUCCACGGACCGCUUCAACUUCAACGGGCAGAACGGCGUGCGCAAGGACGACAAAGACCGGCAGAUAGAGCAUCUGAGCGCCGAGCUCCAGGCCCUGAAAGAAGAACUGGAGGCCUUUAGACUGGAGAGUGGUCGUCUGUGCCAGGCGCUGCGGGGGCGUGUCAGCGAGCUGGAGGCGGAGCUAGCCGAGCAGAGCCACCUGAAGCAGCAAGCGCUGGGUGAGAGUGAGUUCUUGAAGGCUGAACUUGAUGACCUUCGGCGGGUCAAGGAGGACACAGAGAAGGAGCAGCGUAGCCUGACUGAGAUUGAGCGAAAAGCCCAGGCUAAUGAGCAGCGCUACACAAAGCUGAAGGAGAAAUACACUGAACUGGUGCAGAGCCACGCAGACCUUCUGAGGAAGAAUGCAGAGGUGACUCGACAGAUGACAGUGGCCCGCGCAGCCCAGGAUGAGGUGGAGAACGUGAGGAGGGAAAUGCAAGAGAGACUGAAAGCAGCUCAAGACUCUGCCAGCCAACAGGAGAAAUCCCAAACAGAGCAGCUCCAAGCCCUGCAGGCUGAUCUGGCAACCAGUAAGACAGAACUAGAGGUGCUGAAAGCUAGCACAGUCUCCUCCCAAAAGUCCCGCGAGGAGCUCGGCAACCAGCUGGAUGCCCUGGAGAUCGAGAAGGCGGGGCUUGUGGAGGCAGUUGCUCAGAAGGAGGAGGAGCUGGUGGGCCUGGGGGCGGAGUUGGAGCGUGUGCAGCGCAGUCUAGUGAGCGAGAGAGAGAGCAGCGUGAAGGCUGCAGAAGCGCUGAAGAACCAGCUUAACGAAAAGGAGAGCCGUGAGCAGGCUCUGGAGUGUGAGCUGGUGGCAGUACGUUGGUCUGCACUGCGGGCCACAGCAGAGGAGGCUGAGAGGCUCAUUCUGGACAGCCUGGCGCAGAUGGACCAACAAGCCCAAGUCAGCUGCACAAGCUCAGCUGAUUACCUGAUGUCCAGAUGCCAGGCUACUCUGAACUGUGUGGACAGACUGCAGUCAGCCAGGGACAGCUUUGUCAAGGACCCAGCGGAUGUGUCAGACCUGUUGCGGGCUGUAGCUCAGUUUGCCCACCUGUUGGGUGAUACCAUCGUGCAGGGCAGUGCCGCCACCCAUGCAUUGUCAGUGGAACAUUCCGAAGUGCUGAGAUCUGGCCUGAGAGCGUGUGCUAAUGAGGCCCUGGCACUGUUGGGCCAGCUGAGGGAGCGUGGCUCACUGAGCACAGCCGACAGCACCAGCCUACGGGCCGCCCUGCAGGCUACACUGGCUACGGCGGAGAAGCUGUGCCCGCGAGGGUUGGAGCUGCAGCAGGCGGAGUUGGGAGACCUGGUGGAGCAGGAGAUGGUUGCCACCUCGGCAGCGGUGGAAACCGCCGCAGUCAGGAUCGAGGAGAUGUUGAACAAGUCGAGAGCGCUCGAUACAGGCAUUAAAAUGGAAGUGAAUGAAAGGAUCUUGGGCUCCUGUACGGAGCUGAUGCAGGCCAUCAAGGGACUGGUACUGGCCUCCAAAGACCUGCAGCGGGACAUCGUGGAGAGCGGCAGGGGGGCCGCGACUAUUAAAGAGUUCUAUGCCAAGAAUUCCCGCUGGACUGAAGGACUCAUCUCAGCAUCCAAGGCUGUAGGCUGGGGUGCCACUGUGAUGGUUGAUGCGGCUGACCUGGUUGUGCAGGGAAAGGGGAAAUUUGAGGAGCUAGUGGUGUGUUCCCAUGAGAUUGCAGGCAGUACAGCUCAGCUGGUAGCAGCCUCCAAGGUGAAAGCAGACAAGGACAGCGUGAACCUGGUGCGUCUGCAACAGGCUUCCAGAGUCGUCACCCAGGCAACCGCGGGGGUUGUGGCAUCAACCAAGUCGGGCAAGUCCCAGAUCGAGGAGACCGACACUAUGGAUUUCUCCAGCCUGACCCUCACCCAGAUAAAGAGGCAUGAGAUGAACUCUCAGGUGCGUGUGCUGGAGCUGGAGACGCAGCUGCAGAAGGAGAGAGAGCGUCUUGGUGAACUCCGCAAGAAGCACUAUGAGCUGGCCGGCGUGGCUGAAGGCUGGGGCGAGCAUGAGGAGGGAACAGGCUGAGGAGUGUAGCAGGCUGAACUCUCUUCCUCCCCACCCGACACCUACACCUCUCACCUCUCCAUCUUGCCCUUCAUCUUUCUCUUUUAUAUCUAAUCCUAAACAAAAGCCAAAUGGAAAAGGUGCUUCUAAUGACCCCUUUUAACCCCAAUCCUUUCCCGGCCUGUGGAGCACGGAGGAGAAAAACAGAAGACUUCAUCCGAGGGCAGGAGACUGAAGCAAAUUAAGCACACACACCCUCCAGUGGACAGAAGAAGAACCGCAGGCUCGGCCCACCUGGCUAAUUAUUUAUUUACAUUUUGCUCUCUUCCAUGUCUUCUAUCGCCAUUUCCAUCUCUGUCUUAUUUCCCCCUGGUAGCCAGCGCCCCCCUCGGCACACUUCCCGGGGGAAACACCAGGAGGCCACGCCCUCACUCCUCCGGGUUGUUGACGCUGUGCCGUGAUCUUCCGAAUGCUGGGCUCCCUUGCUUCCAGCUUCUCUCCCAGAACACGCCCCUCCCCCAAUGAUCUAACACCCCAAACCAUCAACCAGAGGCUUCUGGCCUGGGUCCUGCCUUACCAGAGCAGCAGCAGCCUUGCUCUGGGCUAACAGUGUGUCAGGCCUGCAGCAGAUGCCCCGCUGUGUUCUAACCUUCAGAAUCACUAGCCACUCUAAAACAUUUGCUGCUCUCUCUUGCGCCCUUACUCUUUGUGUACACGGUUUGCGUGUGUUUUCUUUUUCUGCUUUUUUUAAACUUCGUUUUAAUUUUUAGUUUGUUCUGUU